AUGGCCGACGAAGACGAAGACCUCUCGCAUCUGCGCGCCCCGGAAGCCGCCGACAUCGACCUCGACGAAGAAACCCAAGAUUUCCGCUUCCUGGACAAAUUAGCCCACCAUGAUACCAGCUCGCUCUCGCUCCCCAAACGAGGCGAGAAGGACUUCGAAUCGCACUCCACGAACUUGCAGCUCGAGACCCUCGAAGCCUCGCGACAGGCUAUGCACCGCGUCCUUUCGAUCCCUCGUACGCACACGCAGAAGAAUCACAUCCUGGGCAUGUACCACCCCGAGACGAAUAUGGCAUAUGUGGAGAAGGUCAAGACGCAGCAUUUUCUAACAAUUGGACGCGCGAAGGGCGGGAAGGAGUGGCUGCUGCCUGAAGAAGCGCUGUUCUUGAUUGAGCGGGGCAGCAUGGAUUGCAGAUGGCCUGUGGACCUUGAAGAUGGGGAGGGAGCUGAGGUCGGCGCGCCCAUGAGUCUACAAGGAGCCUAUGCGGCGUUCAUAGGGUUUGAGGGCGGUGUGGGUGGCAAGCUGACCCUGGAGAUGUACACAGUUUACGCUGGGUUGAAGAGGUCGGGAUACGUUGUUUUCCGACACGGAAGCUGGGACGACGACAGAGCACCCAUCCAACCUCUCGCCCAAAAAGAGGAGGAGAAACCCAAAACCGGAUACCUAAGCCACUUCUUCGCCGAACUCUGGCGCCGCAUCAGCACGCCUUCCCACAUCAUCCCCUCGCAAAACCUCGCCUUCGGGCCCCUCAUAAAACCCGGCCUCUUCAGAACCUACGCCGACAUCUACCGCCUCCUCCAAAUAAUCCCGACGCACGACCGCACCUCUCCCCCUCAAUUCCUGCUCCCUUCAUCUUCUGACAAUCCUUUCCGCCUGCACUUCGAUGUCUGGAAAACGGCCGGGUCGCAAAGAUUCCGCAAAGCGAAGCGUCCAUCGCCCGAUUUCCGCAUCUGCGUCAUCAACGCGCGGGAGACAUCUAUCCCGACAGGCGCGCAGCUGAAUGAUUUAAUGGCUACGGUGCCGGAUGAUCCGCCUAAGGGUACGGGUCAGAUAUAUCAGAAGUUGAAGCAUGGGAGGCGGAAUGUAAUCCUCGCGGUUGUGGAUAAUGGGAUUCCGAGUUAUAUUCGAGUGGCGGACUGCCCGUUCAGCGAAGAGAAAGUGGCCCUGUGUCGCAAGACAACGAGAGGCGAAUCCCUUCGAAGUCCGAUCGAGAAGGCGGAUGAUGAAGGAAUGCUAGCCGAUGCACUCGGAUUUACCUUCAAGUUGAAGAAGGAAAGCAAAAACGAAACGACGGGUCGAUCGGCCUCUGGCGGAUGA